UUUUAGGAAGUCAAGCAUGCUGGCAUUGCUGCUCCUUCUCGUGCCGCUAGGGCUCAGCGGCAAAUCGACACGGCCAUCCGCGGGUGAAAUUUCGGGAAAUCCAGUCGCGGCGGAUCUAACGCUUGCACAGGCGCCCAAAUUUUCGGAUUCUUCACUAGGUUUCAGGCUCACGCCAGAUGGUACUGUGCACGCGAUCGAUGACACUGGCAAGUAUUUCUGGUCGUUUUCGUCUGGAGGGAGCUCGCUCGUGGAGAUUGAGCCGAUUGAGCAGUAUGCCGACGAGGCGGAGCAUUUCGACCAGGAUUACGAGACUUUGAAGAAGUACAUUGCUGAGAGCCCGAUCGUGAGCGAGGGUGGCGUGGUGAUAGGGGCGUCUUUGAAAUCAGUGUUCGUGGUCGACCCCAGCACCGGGACUCUGAUCCACAAGUUUGACAUCAACGGAACAACGUCUGGGAAGGAUGCGGAGCCGCUGCUAUCCUCGAUGCUCAAGGACUUUAAGCCCCUCUUCUUCCAACGCACAGAUUAUUCCUUGACGUGCUUCGAAGUCUCAACCGGCUCCGUCAAGUGGACGAUACGAUUCUCGGAAGUUGCCAACUUGGCGGAGGAUAUCGACUAUCCAGGUAUCGCAGCAGGAAAUACAACCAGCUUGACUGUGCUUGUCUCUGAUGGAAAGCCAUCCAAGCGCACGUUUCAAGGCACGAAAUUCACACCGAUUAUCGUGGAGCCACCGUAUUACCUCGACUACCUUGUCAAGAACCACACCUUGCCUCCAGUCUCGGCUCCUUCAAAUGCGAUUCUGGCACUUCCUAGCGGAUCCAAUCCCAGAAACAGCACCAACAGCGGCAGGGGAAGCUUUCCAGUUGGGUGGCUUUUCGGUGCACUGCUUGCAUGUCUGGCUGUGGUAACUCUGGUGCUGAAAGGAGUGCUACACUUUGGACAGAAAGAAAAGCAGAAGAAGGAAAAGGAGCAGCAGCAAAAGCGGAAGAAACGCAGAGGUCCGAAGGGUGAUCGAGCCUCUCAAGAAAACGUUAGUAAACAGGUGGAUGAUACGAAAGUGGAUCAACCGAAAAAGCAGGAUGCAGAUGGAAGAAUUGGGAGCUUGACGAUCUCUAAGAUAGUCAUCGGUUACGGAAGUCAUGGCACCAGGAUUCUCGAAGGCAAGCUGGAUCAGAGGCAGGUAGCUGUGAAGUCGAUACUUAGCGGCUUUUACCACAAAGCCUCGAAGGAAAUAGCUGCUCUCAUCGAGCUGGAUACUCAUCCAAAUGUGGUGCGGUACUACUCAAUGGAGCAGGACAACGACUUCGUCUAUAUAGCUCUGGAGAGAUGCAGCUUUAACCUGGAAACAUUUAUUGUCGUGCACGCUGCUGGCGCAGACAAUCGAACUGAAGUAAACGAGUUCGAGGAGAAAGAACUCCAGGAGAUUUUGCAGCAAAAGCUCACCUUGUGGGAUAGGUCCUGCCUUCCAAGCCCGUUGCUCAUGAGACUGAUGAGAGAUGUUUUGGAAGGACUCGUUCAUCUUCACAAGCUCGGCUAUGUUCAUCGAGACUUGAAGCCUCAAAACGUCUUGAUUCUUCGGAGUGGCACUUUUCUGAGCGCAAAAAUAUCCGAUAUGGGAAUCAGUAAGCGGCUGAAUGAUGGAGCGUCAGGCAUUGACAAGCUUACGACUGGUAUGGGCAGUUCCGGCUGGCAAGCACCCGAACAAAUCCAGGGCGAGCGGCAAACUCGAGCUGUAGAUAUGUUCAGCGUUGGUUGCCUCCUUUACUUCUGCGUCACUGGCGGACAGCAUCCAUUUGGAGGCCGACUGGAGCGUGACAUGAACAUUGUGUCUGGUAAAAUGGAUCUCUUUGCUGUAGAUCACUAUCCAGAAGCUAUCGACAUCAUUUCAAGUUUGCUUGCCAUGGAUCCCAAAGACAGACCAACUGCUAUGCAAGUAAAGCUUCAUCCAUUUUUCUGGCCCCCGCAACAGCGCUUGCAGUUUCUCAUCACUGCUAGCGAUCGUGUCGAACGCGAGGAUAGAGAAGCCAGCUCGGCGGUACUGACUGCGCUGGAGGCCGUGGCUCCGACUGCGUUGGGCGGAGCAUGGGAUGAGAAGCUGGACCCUUUACUCAUCAACAACCUCGGCCGCUACAGGCAAUAUAACUAUCAGGCCGUGCGGGAUUUACUCAGGGUCAUUCGUAACAAGGCGAACCAUUACAGGGAGCUUCCUGCCGAUGUACAGCAAAUACUAGGAAGCAUUCCUCAAGGCUACGAGAGCUACUUCCGGACUAGAUUUCCGAAGCUCCUCAUGGAAGUUUACAAAGUUAUAGCAGACCACUGUUGGGAGGAGGAAAUGUUCCAACCAUAUUUCUCCGAGGCCGACGACUACUUAUGAUACACUCCAUUAUUAUCGGUGUCAGCGAAAGACCACUCGCAGCAGCUCGAGCGCUCUGGGCCUUAAGAUUCGUGCGCUUGCAGAUAAUUCUUUGUCUUGUUUCAACCAGCGCCUGCGAGACAAAGACAAACAAGGUCUCUUUUUCUCUCCCGUUUUUUAGCUUCUCGAGCUUCUACAUUGGUUUCUUCGAGAAGUUCGUAAGUGAUUCCAUUCCUUUGGUUUUAAAGUUCUCUCCCAGCAUCACGCGAGCAAUGCCACCGUCCUCGAUCAUCCGCCAGGCACUGGAAGCUCUGGCCAGUGGCAAAUGCGUCGCCAUUCUCGACUCGGAGAGCCGCGAGGGCGAGACCGACUUGUUCUUCCCGGCGGCCACCACCACCCCGGGCGCGCUCCGUACUCUCCGUACGCAGGCCGGGGGCGAGCUCUACAUCGCCAUUGGCAGCGAGGUGGCCACGACGUUCGGGCUGCCGUACAUGGGUCAGGUGCUGGCCAUGGCCCAUUCCCACCCCGUGCUGCAGUGCAGUGCCAAAGGUACGGUAAUGUGCCAGGGCUCAUGCUCGGUUGGAAUCUCUUUGGACCACAGGAGCCUCAAGACUGGGGCGUCCGACGUGGAGAGGAGCUACACGUGUCGCCGCCUGGCUGGCCUGUGGGGCGAGCACAGCUGUGCCUCCAAUGGCAAUGGUGGUAUUGUCAAGCCUCUUACAAGUGCCCAAGAGGCAUUUGGGAGAGAAUUUCAUGCUCCAGGCCAUAUUUUUCUGUGUGUGGAGAACUCUUUGGGCUUGAGAGCUAGGCAGGGCCACACUGAGCUAUCAGUGGCCCUUGCCAAAGCAGCAGGGAUCUCUCCUCUCAUGGUUGGCUGUGUGAUGCUGUGUAAUGAGGGUGAUGACUUUGGAGCCCUUCCACUUCAGGAUGCCAGAUUCUGGGCUGAAAAGCACCAAGUACCAUUCUUAGCAGGCCAAGAGAUAUUUGAUUUCACCAAUGGCUUAGCUUGAUUGGAAAGCUGGAAGAUAAGUUUCAUGAAUCUCUAAA